CUGAGUUCGGAGCCGCCGCCCGAGGAGGAGCCGCCGUCCGACGGCGACGGCCCGCCGGCACAGGCGGCCAGCUUCCACCACCUGCCUGCCGCCAUGACUGUGCCUGAAGUGUGGCCCAAUGUGCCUGUCAUUGCCAUCAACCGCAACCCCGUCUUUCCACGCUUCAUCAAGAUUGUGGAGAUAACAAAUAAACCACUGAUGGAUUUGAUUAGGAGGAAAGUGAAGCUGAACCAGCCUUACGCGGGUAUUUUCUUGAAAAAGACUGAAGGUGACGACGAGGUGGUGUCGCGCCUCUCCGACAUCCACGCGGUCGGCACGUUCGUGCAGAUCCACGAGCUGCAGGAUCUGGGCGACAAGCUGCGCAUGAUCGUGAUGGCGCACCGGCGCAUCCGCGCCGUGCGCCAGCUGCCGGAAGACGCCGACGCCGGUGUCGAGACGCCGCCCGUCAACGACAACAUGCUGAAGCUGAACUUCCCGGCGUUCCGGACAUCCGUCAGCUCGCCGGUGGAGGAGGCGGAGCCUGGCAGCGCGCUCCAGCGGCGUCGUCGGCGCCGCCGGUCGGCCGAGCCGGCCGAGCAGACCGAGUCAGCAGAGCCGUCCGAGCCGUCCCAGCCGGCCGGGCUGUCCGAGCCGGCCGAGCCCGCAGAAGGCGUGGCCGAGCGGCCGGCCGCCCCGCUGGGCGAGCUGCUCAUGAUUGAGGUGGAGAACGUCACCCACGAGAAGUUUGAGCACACUGAGGAGGUCAAGGCGCUGACGCAAGAGAUCGUGAAGACCGUGCGCGACAUCAUCGCGCUGAACCCGCUGUACCGCGAGAGCGUGCAGCAGAUGGUGGCGCAGGGACAGCGGGUGGUCGACAACCCCGUCUACCUGAGCGACCUGGGCGCUGCGCUCACCGCCAGCGAGCCGGACGAGGUGCAGCGCGCGCUCGAGGAGACCAAUAUCCCGAAGCGGCUGAUGCUGGCCCUCUCGAUGCUGAAGAAGGAGUACGAGCUGAGCAAACUGCAGCAGAAGAUCGGACGCGAGGUGGAGGAGAAGGUCAAGACGCAGCACCGGAAGUUCAUGCUCAACGAGCAGCUGAAGGUAAUAAAGAAGGAGUUGGGUUUGGAAAAGGAUGACAAGCAGGCAAUCGAGGAGAAGUUCCGGGAACGUAUUAAGGACAAACAGGUUCCGCCUGCCGUCAUGGAGGUGAUUGAGGAGGAGCUUAGCAAGCUGGGAUUCCUCGACAAUCAUUCGAUGGAGUUCAAUGUGACACGGAACUACCUGGACUGGCUGACGUGGCUGCCGUACGGCACGCACAGCGAGGAGCGACUCGACCUCGACCAAGCGUCGGAGAUCCUCGACCAGGACCACUAUGGCAUGGAGGACGUCAAAAAGCGCAUACUAGAGUUCAUAGCGGUCAGUAAACUGAAGGGCGGCACGCAGGGCAAGAUCCUGUGCUUUCACGGACCACCGGGCGUUGGCAAGACCAGCAUCGCCCGCUCCAUCGCACGCGCGCUGAACCGACAGUACUUCCGGUUCAGCGUGGGCGGCAUGUACGACGUGGCCGAGAUCAAAGGCCACCGCAGGACGUACGUGGGCGCAAUGCCAGGCAAGAUGAUCCAGUGCCUGAAAAAGGUGAAGACAGAGAACCCGCUGGUGCUGAUUGACGAGGUAGACAAGAUCGGCAGGGGCUUUCAGGGGGACCCGACAUCGGCCCUACUCGAGCUGCUUGACCCCGAGCAAAAUGCCAACUUCCUGGACCACUACCUGGACGUGUCCGUCGACCUGUCCAAGGUGCUGUUCAUCUGCACGGCCAACGUGAUCGACACGAUUCCGGACCCGCUGCGCGACCGCAUGGAGCUGAUCGAGGUGUCCGGCUACGUGGCUGAGGAGAAGCUCAACAUCGCCAAACAGUAUAUCAUACCGCAGGCGCGGACCGACACUGGGGUGAAGGCUGAGCUGGUGGACAUCACAGACGGCGCGCUGGGCACGCUGAUUCGCUCCUACUGCCGCGAGUCGGGCGUCCGCAACCUGCAGAAGCAGAUCGAGAAGAUCAUGCGGAAGUCGGCGUUCAAGCUGGUGAAGGAGAGCCCGGACCAGCUGACUGUGGACACCGCCAGCCUCCCCGACUUUGUCGGCAAGCCUCUGUUCGCCAGCGACCGCAUGUACGACGAGACUCCCCCCGGCGUGGUGUGUGGACUCGCCUGGACUGCCAUGGGCGGCUCGACGCUCUACAUCGAAUCGUCGAGCGUGGGCGAGUCCAAACGCGGCUCGAUCGAGGCCACCGGCCGACUGGGUGAGGUGAUGAAGGAGAGUGUCCAAAUCGCGCACAGCUACGCCAAGAAGCUGCUGCAGGAGCUGGAGCCGGACAACGACUUCCUGGAGCGGACCAGAGUCCAUCUCCACAUUCCCGAGGGCGCCACGCCCAAGGACGGACCGAGUGCGGGCUGCACACUGGUGACGGCCCUACUGUCGCUGGCGCGCGGCCGCCCGGUGCGGCCCGACCUGGCCAUGACCGGCGAGCUCUCGCUCACCGGCAAGAUCCUGCCCGUCGGCGGCAUCAAGGAGAAGACGAUCGCUGCGAAACGAGCCGGCAUAAAGGCCAUCAGUUUGCCGGAGGAGAACCGGAAGGACUUCGACGACCUACCCGGCUUCAUCAAGGAGGGCGUUGAGGUGCACUUCGUGAAGCAUUACACCGACAUCCUUCCCAUCGCCUUCCCAAGCUAGACUGGCGCCCGGUCCCGGACCUCCGCGGGCAGCGGACACUGGUUCAGCUAGUACUGCCGUCACGCCGCCGUCGCGUCCGCGCGGUGCUGUGACGCCGCCGUUCGACGGCGGCGUCCAGCGCGUGUGGUGACGGGGGACGCUCGGUCACGCGUCAGCUGUCGUGAGCUGGCGGGCUGGCCGCCGUCAAGAAUACCGCCGCCGCUGGAGACGCGCUGCCGGUGGCCUCGGGUGGUGGGUCGGGACGGGCCGGUCGCGCCGUGGCCCGCUCUCCGCCCACGGUUACGUAUUCCAGCAUGCUGGCUGGACUCCCACGCCGGGCUAUGUUGCAAAGCGCGAGGACAUAUUGUUUACGUGUUAUCGUACGUUUCUGAAGCGCUGCGCGGCGUCGGUGACACAAUGGGGCAGCGGGCAACAGGGGAGCAGCUGGGGACUGGCGCCGCCCGGGUACUCGCCGAAUCUCGCCGGCGCGCUGGCCCCAUCGGACCGUGGGACGCCGCUCGGUCGGAGCUGUCACGGGCGCCGCUCGCUCAGGAUCACGCUUCGAGUUCUCAUCGCGCUGUGAUCCCAGUUACGACACCGAUUUCCUGUAUGUUGCCAAUACACCCCGGUACUGGCAUCGAGCUCGUGGUGUCUUGGGUGCAUUUUCCAGAGUGUUGGUUCGUCUCUUGCCGCGGCGACUGAAUGUAAAAGUGAUGUCUAGACAAGUUGGUAUAUCUGUCACGGUGACGUGCCUCAAAUACGACAGGCCCAAACA